AUGAAAGAAACUGAGAAGUCGAGAUAUGAAUGGUAUAAAGAUGGUAAACCGUUGUUAAUCGACAACCAACGAAUUGUGUGGGAGAAACCUGGGCAGAGUGGAACCAUAGUGUUUUUGGAUCCACACGGUGACGAUCAGGGUUACUAUCAGUGUUUUGUGAAGAACAAUUUGGGUACUGCUAUCUCUAACAAAAUGCGACUUCGUCUAGGCGUUCUGGAACCGUUCAAAUCAAUUGGACAGAGAGUAGUUGAGGUUGAGGAAGGGGACAGUUUGACAAUCAAAUGUGAUGUGCCCUUUGGGAUUCCUCCGCCAAAAAUUAUUUGGAUUUAUCGAGACCCAAAGAAGUCUGAUUUUAUGAAGUCAAUUAACAGCAAGCAUAUUACAAUUGAUGGUGAAGGUGACCUUCAAUUUAGUUACGUAAAGCAAGAAGAUGCAAGUCCAAAUUUACGCUAUCAGUGUGGAGCAAUCUCACCGGUGCUUCAGGAUGGUUUACGAUUGGGUGAUGAAGUUAGGGUUGUUGCCAAGUCGUUGCCAAAUUACGAAAAAGUUUCAGAAAAGAAAUCAGUUCCGCCACAUGUUCUGUAUGUUAGCCCAAAAACUGUUGUUGUGAAAGCUGGCUCGCAGCUGAUGCUCAUGUGUAUAUUUGGUGGAAGGCCAUUGCCAAUAGUUCGAUGGAGUAAACUCAAUGGGGAUUUACCAAUAAGUCGAAUCAGAGAUUUAACUUUACCUAGUUCAGCUUACGGCAAAAUAUUAAUCAUUGACCAAAUUGAACGUGAAGAUGGUGGUGUAUAUGAGUGCCAUACACAGCAAUUGGUCCAUCAAAUGCGCGUUGUCGUAACAGCUGCACCAUAUUGGGAAUCUGGAAAACCGCAAGAUGUUGAUGUGGCAGAAGAUGAUACUGUAGAUCUUAAUUGUUUUGCGGCUGCUGAUCCUGCACCUGUUACCCAUUGGCUUCGAAAUGGAAAAAUUUUAAAAAGUGAUGGCAGGUUUACAGUUUUGAACAAUGGGCGGACUUUAAGAAUAGCUAAUGUUGACCACCAUACAGAUAUAGGUAUUUUUCAGUGCAAUGCCUCAAACGUGUACGGCUAUAUCUUCGAGAAUAUUUUCUUGAAAGUUCUUGCAUACGCUCCAACCUUCAAAAUGCCGACUAGUGUCGUUUAUAAGGUUGUUCGUAAUACAACCGUCUACAUGCCCUGUGAAGUUGAUGCAGCUCCAAAAGCUACAAUCCGUUGGGUAGAUAUCGAAAAUCGUCCGAUAAAAGCAGUUCAAAAUGGAGUUUAUGUCAGUCCGACAAGAUUCAUUAAAGCUCCGCAAUUAAAUGAAACUGUACUGGAGGCUCAUCAGUCAUUUAAGCUUGACUGUAUGGCUGUUGGUGAUCCAAGGCUCGAGCUAAAGUACAGCUGGAGGCGCAAUGGCGACCUUAAGAAGCAAUUUUUUAAGCCAGAAACUGAGGCUCAGGUUUUCAGAAUUGUUGCGACGUCGUUGCAGAUGACUGAUGUUAGAGGCUGGCAUGCUGGUAACAUAGAAUGUAUAGUUACUAGCGGAGUAGAUGAGAUCAAAACUGAUUUGAAUAUCACAAUUAUUGAUGUACCUGCAACACCGGAAGUGCAUAAGAUUGAUUGUAGCGAGAGGAAGGCAGUAAUCAUAUGGAAAAAACCCAAUGAAUACGGGGAUAAAAUAUACGAGUACAUCGUGCAGCAGCAUAUUACUUUUGAGGAGGGUCAGUGGAAAACAGCAGCAACAGUAACGGAUCUUGAAGAUCACAGUAAUGAUACAUAUCAGACAGUAAUAAUAUUAUCACCAUGGGCAGUUUACAGCUUUCGAGUAAUUGCCCGUAACAGACAUGGAGACAGUGAUCCGGGGUACGGUGAAAAUACAAUAUGCAGUACCUCAUCAACAAAUCCAUAUACUAAUCCUAGUGGUGUUGAAGCUGAAGGUGAUGAGCCAGACAAUCUGGUUAUUCGGUGGAAACCAAUGAAAAAGAUCGAUUGGAAUGGUCCAGAUUUUGAGUAUUUAGUGCGAUAUCGGUUUGAUGAUGAAUUUUCACCGUGGAAACAAAUUGUAAUUGAAGAUCCUUUAGCAAACGCAACAAUAAUAAGGGAUCAGCCAACGUAUAAGCGGUAUUUGGUUCAAGUAAAGGCUAUAAACGACGUUGGAGAGUCGGUUGCGGAACCAGAAACAAUUAUUGGGUACUCUGGUGAAGACGUGCCCCUUUAUUCACCGCUAAAUUUUACUGUUGUCUCACAAGCUAAUUGGACUGCAGUUGUUCUUGGUUGGGAGCAUGUGGAUCCUGCAUCUGUUAAAGGACUUUUUAGGGGAUAUUUGAUAAACUAUUGGCUUAAUGACUUCCCGUUCGAAAAUGUUCAGUUAACUAUUCCAAGUGAUAAGAAUUCAGCGACACUGACAAAAUUGCAGCCAAUUAGCAAUUAUACCGCUCAAAUUGUGACCAUCAAUAAACGAUAUCAAAGUCCCAACCCAUCAGUUUUGCAUUUCAUGACUCCAGAAGGAUUGCCGUCAAAAGUUCACAAUAUGCGAGUAAGGGCUGUUGGGUCCAGUACAUUCUUCGUCACGUGGGAAAAGUGCAGACAACCGAAUGGAGCUAUUCGUGGAUAUUUCAUUGAAUUUGAGGACUCAGAAACCGGAUUAACUGAGGAGACGUUUGUUGUCAAUCGUCAGCUUAACUACCUGUAUGAGAAGGCAAAGCCAGACACUGCGUACAGGGUCGCCGUUUGGGCGGAGACGAAUGCAGGCGAGGGGCCAAAAGUAAUCCGCAGUGUGAGAACAUGGCCUCUAAAGGGUAUCCCCUUCUGCCAGUUACUUCUGAUCCUGAAAGAUACGUAUGUAUAUGACAAAAUUUUAGAGCCAGAUAUACCGAUCUUUGAUAUUCGAGUUUUGACGCCUUAUCAAGCUGAAGUUAUUUGGCACCCGGCUAACGGGACCAGAUGGCUAAUGCCCGGUUCCUCGUUUUAUGUGAAUUAUUCGACUGAAGGGACCGACGGCUGGUCAAAGAGCGAUACAAUUAAAUUACCAGAAACAAAGCUGCUGCUAAGGAACCUUUCAGAGGGUACAGUUUAUAAUGUCAUGGCCGUCGCUAAAGAAAGAAAUCGACUUACUUUGUCAGAACCAGUGAUUAUAAAGACGCAUAGCAAUGGGUUCCUUACGAAAAUAUUUCAAGGUCAUUUGCACGGGACUGCUUGGUUCAUGUCAACAAUGUGCGUCUUGUUGAUUGCGACGUUUACCGUUAUGAUAAUGUGUUGCUGCCAGCGGCAGCACAGCGGGAAGUAUCCAGUAAAAAGGAAAGAGCUUGAGAAAGGCUGGUUUCAGCCGGAUUCCGAUGAGCAGAAGUCAGUUUCUUUUCCAAGUUCUAUAAAUCCCAAUUGA